GUUUGAGAUGACAUUUAUAUAUCGCGAUAAAAUUAUAAAAUUUAAUUAUCAUUUAUAAUAUUUUAAAAAAGUAUACUAUAUUUUAAUUUUAUAUUUUUUUCCCCCUCCCGACAUCGGAGAGAAAUGAUUCUUUUACAAAAAUUUUAGAUAUUAUAUGGCUUUUCAGAACCCAGUAAGAGUUUCCAAUGAAUUUCAAAAUAAAAAUUUUACUCAGUAUCGUCACAUUAAUUCAACGAAUUUAAUUGUCGAAAAUCUUAAAAACAAGAAUAAUAUUUAUACAAAUGUUAAUUCCAAAUAUGAAUAUGGAAAUUCUGAACCCAAAACUUUGGCCGAAAAUUACUUCGAUUCCCUAGAAUUCAAUAACGAACUUCAAUUUGAUAAGGUUACAGUGGGUACACAUGGAUUAAAUAAAAGUCAUGAAAAUAUGGUUACUUACAAUUACGUCGAUGACAAUGAUAACGAUAUUAUAAAUUCUGAUAGUGAUCAAUUCCCUAUUCAAAGAAGUAAUCAUGACAUUAAUGGAAAUUACGAUUUGAUUACCGAUGUCCCUGAUAAUGAACAUCGCAGACCUAACAGACGUGAUUCAAUGGCAUGUCUUGAUCCCAUUACUGUAGAACAAUUUUUGUUAGGAAGCAUUGAUAGUGAACCAAUAUCAAAUAACCCUUCACAUUCUUAUAAUAAUUCUUGCGACAAAAAUUUAAGCAGUGCAUCAAAUUGGGAAUCUAGCCCCCACUUAAACCAACAGACCUUGGUAAGUGAUACGGGUAACGUAGCUAAUUUCGCUUGUAACAAAAAAGCGGCCCAACAGUUUGACUCUUACGGAAAAAACGAUGAUUAUUUAAUUGAUAAAUUGGCCAAUUAUUGUUCGCCCGGUGAUGGGUCUGAUUUAAAUGACUUGCGCAACAACAAAUAUAAGAUGUCCAUUUGUUCCUUCGAUACUUUGGCAAAUGAAAAUAAUGUAAAUUCUUCAAUCGAUAAUAAUUGUCAUGUGGGAUUAACUAAUAUUGUAACUACUGUCAAUACGUUGAACCCGAAACUUCAACGCAGAGUCGUUAUUGUGACUAAUUCUUCGACGUUUCCCUGCGAUACUAAAAUCUUUAACGAUAGCGUUUAUAAACCACUUUCCAACAUAAACAACAACGCCAACGACCAACCAAAUUUUCAAGAAGGAUUCAAUGGAAAUAAUGUUUCGGUGGUCAAUUAUCCCCAAAAUGGCUCAAAAAAAAUAUAUACACCGAGUUCUCUAGCUCCAAUCCCUUAUAACGGUAACGAUCGAUCCAACCAACCACCCCCAUAUGAAUCGGCUCAUAAUCUAUGCAAUCCUUGGUUCAAAUCGAACUACCCUCAGCAAAACAAUCAACACGACCAUAUCAUCUCCCAUCUGAGGGGUCAGCUAGAAUAUAAAGAUGAAAUCAUAGCCAGAUUGAGGAGUCAAUUGGAUAAAUUCCAGUCCGUCUUUUUGCCCGAUUCCUUUCCCAACAAUUCCUCAUUCAAUAAUUUAUCUUCAAAUAAUAUAUCCAUAUCGGAACCGAGAAUAAUAAGGGCUAUGGGUAUAUCAGCUCACCCCGCGGACCCAAACUCAAUCUUGGAAAUGGGAAAACUUAAACUACAAAAAUAUCCCAAAUCAGAAAAUUCCAAGGACUGUAUUAAAUCAGCUAUCCUUAACAACGCGUUUAUGAAAUAUAUGGAUGGCCAGCAAAUCAAGGAACUCGUUGAAUGCAUGUAUCCAGUGUGCUACUCGAAAAACAAUAUUAUCAUAAACGAAGGCGACGUGGGAAGGCUAGUGUAUGUCCUGGAGAAAGGAACGCUCCACGUAACCAAAGAGAACAACCAUUUAAUCACCCUAAACCCCCCAACUAUUUUUGGGGAGUUAGCGGUUCUAUACGAUUGCCAAAGAACGGCAACUGUCUUUGCUAUGACUGAUUGCAAUCUAUGGGUCAUCGAUCAGUAUUCAUUUAAAUCGAUUAUGGUGAGGACAGCUAUGAUUAGGCAAGAAGAAUACAUGAGAUUCCUCAGAAGCGUUCCGACAUUUUCGACAUUAAGUCAAGAUACCAUAUCUAGAAUAGCCUACGUCAUCGAAGAAACCCAUUAUGAUCAAGGAACUUACAUAAUUCGCCAAGGAGCUCGGGGCGAUACAUUUUUCAUCAUAAGCAGGGGAGAAGUUAAGGUUACACUGAUAGAUCCGUUUGAGCAGAAAGAGAUAUUUAUCAGAACAUUAGGAAGUGGGGAAUUUUUCGGAGAAAGGGCCUUAAAAAGCGAAGACUUGAGGACAGCAAAUAUUAUCGCAUCAUCACCGGAGGGAGUAGAUUGUUUGGUUAUAGAUAGAGAAGCUUUUAAUCAGCUUAAAAUGGAUUUGGAUGACGCACUUAAAAGAGAUUACUAUGAUAAUUACGGAUCUCACAUAGAUUUAAUCGACGAAAAAUUUUUGAAUCUGUCCCUCGAAAACUUUAAGCGCGUGGCCACUAUGGGCGUAGGCGGAUUCGGAAGAGUCGAGCUGGUAGAAAUGUGGGACCCCACCUUAAUGACUUGCAAAUAUUUUGCCAUGAAAAUCAUGAAGAAAAAGCACAUCGUAGAAACGCAUCAGCAAUCUCACAUAUUCGCCGAAAAGCAAAUUAUGAUAGAGAGUCAAUGCCCGUUUAUUGUAAAAAUGCACAGGACAUUCAAGGAUAAUAAAUAUUUGUACAUGUUGAUGGAUUCGUGUCUGGGUGGAGAAUUGUGGACAAAACUAAGAAACAAGAAUUGUUUCGACGAUGUGACGGCCCGAUUUUACACGGCAUGUGUGGUGGAAGCUUUGGAUUACUUACAUUCCAGGGGCAUCAUUUAUAGAGAUUUGAAACCGGAAAACAUAUUGUUAGACGAGAGCGGAUACGCUAAAAUAGUUGAUUUUGGAUUUGCCAAAAAAAUUGGGUUCGGGAGGAAAACUUGGACAUUUUGCGGGACAUCGGAAUAUGUUGCACCGGAAAUAAUAUUGAACAAGGGACACGAUUUUUCUGCCGAUUUCUGGUCCUUGGGAAUACUCAUCUUUGAACUCUUAGUAGGAAGACCACCAUUUUCCUUCUAUGACCCCAUGAAAACUUAUAACAGUAUACUCAAAGGUAUCGAAGCCGUAGAUUUCCCCAAAUCAGUUUCCCGCAACGCUAUCAAUAUUAUCAAAAAAUUUUGCCGGGAAAAUCCUGCAGAAAGAUUGGGUUACUUAAAGAAAGGAAUAAAGGACAUUCAGAAACACAAGUGGUAUGAAGGAUUCGAUUGGGAAGGCCUACAAAAUCGGACGCUACGACCACCAAUCUCGAUAAAUAUUAACUCGCUAUAUGAUGUUUCAAAUUUCGACGAAUUCCCAAACGAUGAUUUUCAAGAACCAGAAGAUGACAUAAGUGGUUGGGAUAUAAAUUUUUGAAGAAAAAAAUUAAACGAACAACCAAUUAUAACCAAUUGUUAAUGUCUCCAUUUUUUUUAUAUUUUCCGCCAUUUUAAUUCCACCAAAAUAUGAAAUAUUUUUCAUAAUUUUUAUUCCACCAAAAUCUGUAUUUUCCGCCAUUUUUAUUCCACGCAAAUAAUUUUUUUUAAAAAAAAAAAAUUUUAUAAGUUAUAUUUUUAAAAAAA